GUGUCACUCAACAACCGUGGAGACUUCAAAUCACUUCAAAUAACACCUGACACUACUGAACAGGACCAUGAUGCUUGAUGAUCAUUUUCCCUCUCUGCAAGAGGACUGAGGCAAAAUAUCACCUUGUCAUUCCUUAAAGUUGGUUGAAUAUCGUGUCUUCACCUCCACUCCUUUAAAUAAGAAAAGCUGCCAGAGAAAUUGUUGUGCUGUUUUUCUGAUGGUCAACCAUGGAAGAUGAUGACAGCCAAGAUGAGCUGAUCAACCGCAGUACGUCCCAUGGCAAGGGAAAAAGGGCUGCAGCGUGGGCCAUCUCAGAUGACUCAGACGAUGCUGAAGAGGAGUCUGAGGAUGGAGAAUCUGACAGUGGUGAGGGAGAAGAGGAGGAUCAACUAGAUGGAGAGGAUGAUGAUGAGGAAGAGGGGGAUGAGGAGGAGGAGGAGGAGGAGGAGGAAGAAGGGAAUGAAGAGGAGGAUGAUGAGGAAGAGGAGGGAGAUGCUAGGACUGAGGAUGGAGCUUUUGGGGUAACCUCUGCUGACCUUGCAGGGAUGAGCUCAGAUGAAGACACAGACAAGUGUCCCAUCUGUCUUAACUCAUUCAGCAGCCAGCCCGUUGCAACUCCAGAGAACUGCCAGCACUACUUUUGUCUCGACUGCAUCCUUGCAUGGGCCAAGAAUGCCAACUCGUGUCCUGUAGACCGUAUUGCCUUCAACAGCAUAUACCUGAGGAAAUGUUAUGGAGGCAAAGUGAAGAAAAUGAUCACGGUACAAAAGCCUGUGAAGGAAGGGCUCGAGGAAACAGUGGAUUUGGAUCUGGAGCAGACCAGCUGUGAGGUGUGUGGGGGCAGUGACCGUGAGGAUCGCCUCUUGCUCUGCGAUGGCUGUGAUGCUGGCUAUCACAUGGAGUGUCUAACGCCACCUCUUGACGCUGUCCCUGUGGAGGAAUGGUUCUGCCCUGAGUGUGAAGCCAACAACCGCAACUCAAGGGCUUCAGCUGAAGAACUCAGUGAUACAGAGAGCCUACCUUCUACUGCUCGUCCUGCCACCAGUCGCGCCCAGUCCGGUGCAGCAGGUCCCACCAGAGCUAUUGCCCGGACUCAGCAGAGUGAGAGGGUUCGCGCGAAUGUCAACCGGCAUCGCAUCACACAGGCACGCACAUCACAGUUGGCUCCCACAUACCUGAUUCAGUCCACGUGGCUGGAUGAGACUAUUAAUGCUGUGGUGGCUGGGCUCAACACGGCUGUGUAUGUUCGGGACUUCACACCUCGUGCCCCAUCUAGCCGCAGGCGCAAAACUGGAAAGCGCAGGAAAGUCAGACGCAAGAAGACAUCUGCUAAAAGUAAAAAUGGUAAAGUAGCAAGUACAGGAGUCAAGAGGAGGAAACGGAAAGCAAGGAGGACUAAAUCCAGAAAAAAGCUGGCAGUCACUCCUCGAAGCCGUAUUGCUAAUAAUCUUGGAAUUGUAAAGGACAAGAAGAGCUCUUCACUUCCUACAGUGUAUCGGCCAUCAGAGCACACGCUAAGCAGCAUGCGUGCUGACAUUGGUGCAGCAUCCCUCUCGAUUUAUGGAGAUCCAUUUGACCUGGAUCCAUUUGUGGAUCGUGAGGAGGAAGAGCAGCAGGCUACAUCACUACUGGAGGCCAAGAGACGAGGGAUCUCUAGAUCUGCUCUCCGCUCUCACCAGCCUGUAGCUCGACCAGUCACUGCAAGCCUUUCCAGGAGAGGUAUGGGUGUGCCCCAAUCGGGAUGUGUUGUUGAGGCUGCUCCCGUGCCCGACCUCUUGGGCAGCAUCCUGUCAGGACAAAGUGUCCUCUUGAUGGACAGCUCUGAUGUUGUUAUUAAUCGAGAUGGUUCCCUUAAAGCUACAAAGCCAAUGAUGCCAUCUGCAUUAAAGCCAAGUUGCUGUAAUAGCAGUAGCUCAGGAGAGACCAGCACCGGGAUCAGCCCAGUGAUGUCACCCAGCCAGGGAGACAGUUCUCCAUCUGUCCACUACAACAGAGACCUACCAGGAUCCUCUCAUAGCUCCAUUAGCAGAUCUUUCUCCCACAGUACUUCUCACUUAUGCUCCUCAUCCAGCCAUACCCGACCAUCUUCCCAUUCUGAUCUACCACACCGAGGUCAUUCAAGUUUGCAGCCACCUCGUCCAAUCAGACCCACACACCCUCCAGGGCACUGGAGAACUAAUGGAGUUGGAGCCCCUAGCCCUUCUUCGUCCAUUCAUCCCACCGUGGACUCCAGCUCCAAGAGCAAGGGAGUAACCCCAUCGCACUCCCAGCCUAUAAAAGCACCCAUAAAGCCCAUGUGGGUAGAUGUGUCAGUGCUUCCGAAGAUACCAAAAAUAAAAAGGGAGAGCAGUGGUAUCACAAAUAAUUGCACUAGUCGAAGUAGCAGCAGUGGCAGUGAUCGAAGCAGCAGCAGUAGUAGUAGUAGGGGAAAUAGUAGAAAUUCUGCCACCAGUAGUAAUGGUUAUGGCAUGCCAGAGAAGGGCAUGAACAGCCUUGCUGGGGACAAGGGAAGGCAGCAAAGUGUAGACCAGCAAAAGGGCAGGGCUGAUGGUCAGGCCUGUAGACAGAGGCCCAGUGGAGCUGGCCCAUCCUCAGCCUUCUCCAACUCAUUCUCCACUUCCUCCUCCACUGGCUCCUCUGCCAACCAGCCACGAUAUCCCUCAUCGUCUUCCUCAUCUUCAUCAUCAGUAAGCUUCCGCAUUAACUCCAGUGGGAACUCCUGGCAGUCAAGGCGGCUUAGCAGCUCCUCAUCCUCUGCCGCUGGGGGCAGUUCACAGAAACACCAGAGAGAAAAGGAAGAUGAAGUAAAAAAGAGACAGCUGCACAGGGAUAAACAGAUGCUCCUGGCAUCACAUACACCGGUCAAUAAGGAACAAGACAGUAAUACUAUUUACGAUCCCUUUAAUCCCACUAUGUCCGACUCGAGCAGCUCAGAUGAUGAAGCUGAGAGCAACAGGUUGCAUGGAAGUUCCCGAAACACCACACGUGACGGGAUGUCUCCUAGUUUAAGAAAUGAGAAAGUUUUAGUGCAAAGCAGGCAGGAACUACAAUCUGUGAAAACUGAAUCACUGGAGAAUGAGGUCUCGCAGGAAGAACCAAGGAGAGCUAGUGCUCAAGAAACCACAUCACAGGAGGUCAGAUUUUCUGAAGAAUACGUCAAGGUAGAAAAAGAAUCUAGAGUAAUCGACACAAAAACUGAGAAACAAAAAACAUUACUUGACAUUAAACUUAAGAAAGAGCCGGAGUCAGAUAAUGCAGGGGAGGCUGAAAUGUUUGGUCACAGCGUAAAAACUUUGAAUUCAGAUACAGCAGCAGACACUGCACCACCUAUACAACCCGGCCUGAGUCUUUUAAAAGCUGAGAGAGAGACUUUAGAAGAGAGUGGACAGACUGAUGGAGAUUCGGGCCAUAAGAAGACCUCAAAGGAGAGAUGCUCAAGCAGUUUAGAGACAGACGGAGGCACGAGAGGAGACCCUCAUGCUUCAGGCCAGGGAGGCCGACAGAAAGAGAAAGAGAAGGAGAAGGAGAGAGACAGGAGUUCCAGGCGAUCAAGAUCUAGAGAGAGGAGGAGAGCAAACUCAAUAUCAGAAAGUUCUCAGUCCAAUUCCCCCCGCAGAAAGAGAUGGCGGUCUCGGUCACGAUCCAAAGACAGGAGGCGAUCGAGGUCUGGUUCCAGCUCUAGCAGCAGAGAGCGUUCAAGGAGGAAGAAGCAUCAACGAAGGAGCCACGAGAGAAAUGACAGCAGAGAGAGAGAUACUGAUAGAAGACGGGUGUCAAAAGACAAGAGACAUGGUCGGUCUCGCUCAAAAUCACGGUCAAAAUCCCGGUCCAGAUCCCGGGAAAGGAAGAAAGACCACACACGCCUGCAACAAUCCUCUCUCUCCUCCAGAGACAAGGUGGAGUCCCGGUCAAAAGACAAGAGGAGAGACAGGUCAAGAUCCAGAUCAAGAGAAAAAAGGAAAGAUGAAGAAUCAUCAUCCAAGAGUUCUCAGAAAACCUCAGGGGCCUGUGUUUCAUCUUCUAAGGACACAAAACUGUUACAGGAUAAGAAGAAAGAGAAAGAUACUCAAAGCUCCGUCAAAGAGGAAAAAGUUGUUACAGUUAAUAAACAGACAACUUCCUCCUGUACUGACUCCUCUAACGUUAGAAAGAAAGACAAAAACCUCAAGGAAGACUGCCGGGCCUCAACAGCAGAAAUGGCGAAAGAGAUUAAGGUUAGAAAAGAAAUUAAGAAAGAAAAACAACCAUCUCUUGAUAUGUUUGAAGAUUUCUCCGUUAAUAAAGAAAUUAAGAAAGAAGAAACUGACAUUCAUGCUUUGCUGGUAGCCAAAACUAUUGAUGAGGAGGGAAACAAAAAAGACCCCAUCAAGACUGAGACGUUUGAAAUCAAGUCAACGUCGUCUGAAAACAAAACGGAGACAUUUGAAAUUAAGACAGAGCCGUUUGAAAUUAAGACAGAGCCGUUUGAAAUUAAGACUGAGACAUUUGAAAUUAAGACUGAGACAUUUAAAAUUAAGACUGAGACAUUUAAAAUUAAGACUGAGACUUGUGAAUUCCCUUUAAUUAAAUCUGAGCCAAGUCCCCUAGAAUUAUGUCACUUAGCCCCAGUCACCUCAUUUUCCACAAUGACCACUCCUGUAACAGCAGACUGUCACCAGGACUCGGUCUCUCCCUGUCACCCAGAGGUAAAGGCCUCCACAGAUCAACCAGACGCUGUUGGGUUGACUGUCCCUGUGAAGCAGGAAGUUCAACAACCCUCAGACUCUGAUGAUGACUUUAAUGUUGAUGUGAUGCUAGACAACCUGGACUGUGUGAAGUCUGAGCGUACAGGGGAAGGUGGUGCAACUGUCAAACAAGAGAAUGAAGUGGAGGAGGGGAAGAAUGAACAAGUAUCAACUGCAGCGGGGGCCAAAUCCAAGACUCAAGUGAAGAGGGUUACCUGGAAUAUACAGGAGCCUGAGGGGCCUCAACCAGAGAAAUCUGCAAGCAAGCUGGCCUUGUAUAAAUUGAAGUUGAAGCAGGAAGGUCGCCGACCCUCCUCAACAGUCCAGACAUCCAGUCAGGACACCACUGGAGCUGUCGGUCACCCCUCCAAGAGGGCUUCUGUGGGUCCGCACGGUACCUCCUCUAAACCUGCUGGUGUACAAGGAGAGGCAGAGGAAGGCGACUUAUCGAGAAAAGACCAGUAUUUGAAGAAGCUGCACAUGCAGGAGAGAGCUAUAGAAGAGGUGAAGCUCGCCAUCAAGCCUUUCUACCAGAGGAGAGACAUCAACAAGGAUGAAUACAAAGAGAUUCUACGUAAAGCCGUCCAGAAGGUGUGCCACAGCAAGAGUGGGGAGAUCAACCCAGUGAAGGUGGGCAAUCUGGUCAAGGCAUACGUGGACAAAUACAAACACGCUAGAAAACACAAGAAAGGAGAUGACUUAGGGCAGACACAGGAGGCUGAGGCCAUGAAAUCCUCUGAUAGCCCAUGAGGAGGCGUGAAUUACAGGCAAGGACAGCUGCACCCACUGCAAACACUCAAAGUGUUAAUCUUUCUUUUACUUUGCGUCCGACCACGGGAUCUCUCUUGCAAACACAUCUAAAGGUUCACUAAGAUUUACACACAGCUUCAAGACGGAACAUUUUCUAUAAUGUCGAGCUUAACUGAAUUUUGAGGACAAACUUUUUUUGUUGAUCACUUGAACUGUACCUAGUGAUGUUUUGCGCUUGGACUGUCACUGCCAGGAUCUGGUCCUUUUGUGUAGUACAACUCAGACACUUACAGGGAGACCUUGAGGUUGUGCCUUAAAGAGGCAAAUCUCAAAGACCCUCCCAUGGAGUGAUAAAUCAGGUAGCCUCUCCACAGGCAUAUCACUAGGAGGACGCAGCGUGGGUGCUGAGUUUCCUGUUCUGUUUUGUAGGAGUCCAGGGGUAUUUAUCAGUGGCAAAACUAAUUUUUUUGGUUCAGGAGUUGUAUGCAGAGUAUGCAUAUUAAACAAGUUUGUCACGUUAAGGAACAACACUGUUAUGCAAUUUUUGUAGAAAAUUUAUCAGAAGAGUAAUUGAACAAUUUUAGAUUUGGUUGUAAAUAAUAUAGAUUUGAUAUAUCCACUCAUAUCUUUCUUUCAUCCGUGUUGCCUGUUGUGAAUGACUGACAUAAAUGGUUGUAGUUUAUAGUUUAUUGGUUUAUGUUUUGUAUUUGAAAGCCACUGUUAUCUGUCUUCCACGUGUCUAAUGAGUUAAAUCUAGUUCAGUGUACUACAGGUGAAUUCUGGCUCAGCAAAAUGAAAAAUGGAGUACCACCUCUCAAACAACAGCUUCUUCUCUUAUUCUUCUUCUCUGAUAUACUGAAUAAACCUUUAAAUCUCAGCAUCAUCCAUUUUUCAACCCAUAAGUGAAAUGUAAUGUCAAACCAUAAAAAAAGAAGAAAAAAAUUGCAACAAUUCCCUCAAUAAUAUAGAUACAAUUAUUUUUGGGCAUUCUGUUUUUGAAAAAUGGAGAGUACAAUUCCACAAUAGCAGUAGGUAGUAUAGAUUUUAUGUUUGAAAAACACUAAAAAUACAGACAUUAUGUCUCAGUGGGCUAAGAUGCAGUACCCGUUAUCUUGCAAAAGUAGCAACAUCUGUAUUUUGUCAGUCUUACCUGGUGCUUUUAUAUCCAUAAACAUUUUAACUAUUUUUUCAUUUUGUAUUAAAUGUUUACUAUUAAGUACUAUUAAGCUUAUUUUGCUGGCAUAAUUUCAUGGGAUUAAUUUAUAGUCCACAUAUAGUUUAAAACAAUGGAAAAUCUCAGAAGUCAAGGUAGGUAUGAUAGAAGUCAUCACAUACCUAUAGUUGGGAACAUUAAAUAAUCCUUUCAGUAUUCACUUUGUCUGCAGUACUUAAUUACAGCCUCAUUCUGACUGCUUUGUCACUAUGUCCAAACCUUACACUAGCAGACGUCCGUUACCGCUGUGCUGCUCACUUCCUUUGUGAGAAAUGUUCAUGAGAAAUUAAGUUCUGCUUGCUCAGCGUUUUGUUGUCCACAGUAGUUUGUUUGCCAACUGUAAAGACUAAUUAGGUGGGUGGUUGGACUUGCCUUGUACUGCGUUUUUGUCACAAUUAAUGCGGCUUUCUUAAAGCCAUGGAAAAGGAGUAGAAAAAUCUACAAAAACGGGUGCUCAUGUUUAUCUGAAUGUAUUUUACUUUUUUCUGCAUUUACUUGAUCAGAUAGGUCAGGUGUUUCUAAGAGGGAACACAAAUGAUAAUAAAUCACUGAUGUUAAAU